CUCCCGCAGAGACUGCUGGGCUGGGAGACAAGCGGCAGCGCGGGGCAGCAGCGGAGCCGAGCGGCGGUCGGAGAUGUGGCGACCGUUGCAACUUUGUCACUUCCACUCUGCUUUACUGCAGAGCAGGCAGAAGCCCUGGCCAUCCCCUGCUGCUUUCUUCAGGAGAAACUUUGGGGUCCCGCCUUCAAGGUCCUCAAGACCCGUAUCCCUAUGGAGGAAGGCACUCUCCACUACAGUAGUGGGGGUGCCCCUCCUCCUUGGAGUCCGCUAUUUCACAGCAGAGGCGCGGGAGAAGAGGAGGAUACAUCUUGUGGUGGACGGAAUUGGGCGCUUUGGCAGGUCUCUGAUGAUCGGCCUGCAGAUCUCCCUGGACUACUGGUGGUGCACAAAUGUCAUCCUACGAGGGGUGGAAGAGAACAGCCCGGGGUACGUGGAGGUGAUGUCUGCAUGUCACCAGCGGGCAGCUGAUGCCCUGGUGGCAGGAGCCAUCAGCAAUGGGGGCCUAUAUGUGAAGCUCGGCCAGGGGCUGUGCUCCUUCAACCACCUGCUGCCCCCUGAAUACAUCAGGACCCUGCGUGUGCUGGAGGACAGGGCCCUCACACGUGGACUCAAGGAGGUAGACCAGUUGUUCCUUGAGGAUUUCCAGGCCCUGCCCCUCGAGCUUUUUCAGGAGUUUGACUACCAGCCUAUGGCUGCUGCCAGCUUGGCCCAGGUGCACCGAGCCAAGUUGCAUGAUGGCACCACCGUGGCUGUGAAGGUGCAAUACAUCGACCUGCGGGACCGCUUUGAUGGGGAUAUCCACACGCUGGAGCUCCUGUUGCAACUCAUCGAGGUCAUGCACCCCAGCUUUGGCUUCAGCUGGGUCCUCCAGGACCUGAAGGGGACCCUGGCCCAGGAGUUGGACUUCGAGAAUGAGGGCCGCAAUGCCGAGCGCUGUGCACGGGAGCUGCAGCACUUCCAUUAUGUCGUGGUCCCCCGCGUGCACUGGGACAAGUCCAGCAAGCGUGUGCUGACAGCCGACUUCUGUGAUGGCUGCAAGAUCAACGACGUGGAGGCCAUCAAGAACCAGGGGCUGGCAGUGCAGGAUAUAGCAGAGAAGCUGAUCCAGGCCUUUGCCGAACAGAUAUUUUACACAGGCUUCAUCCACUCUGACCCCCACCCUGGGAAUGUUCUGGUGCGAAAAGGCCCGGAUGGCAAGGCGGAGCUGGUGCUGCUGGAUCACGGGCUCUACCAGUUCCUGGAGGAGAAGGACCGGUCAGCCCUGUGCCAGCUGUGGCGGGCCAUCAUCCUGAGGGACGACACUGCGAUGAGGGUACACGCAGCUGCACUUGGGGUGCAAGACUACUUGCUGUUCUCUGAGAUGCUCAUGCAGCGACCUGUGCGCCUGGGGCAGCUGUGGGGCUCCCACCUCCUGAGCCGUGAGGAGGCAGCCUAUAUGCAGGACAUGGCGCGGGAUCACUUCGAGAACAUCAUGGAGGUGCUCAAGGCGCUGCCGCGACCUAUGCUGCUCGUGCUACGCAACAUCAACACUGUGCGUUCCAUCAAUGUGUCCCUGGGCACCCCCGUUGACCGCUACUUCCUCAUGGCCAAGAGGGCUGUCAGGGGCUGGAGCCGCCUAGUAGGAGCAACAUACCAGGGAGUCUACGGUGUCAGCCUUCUGCGCCACAUCAAGGUUGUCUGGGAAAUGCUCAAGUUCGAAGUGGCCCUGAGGCUGGAAACCCUGGCCAUGCGAAUCACAGCCCUCUUGGCUCGUGCUUUGGGCCACCUGGGCCUUAUGCCCCCAGCUGAAGAGCUCUAUCAGUACCUGGAGACCUAGGGUACCCAGGGUUCCUACAACCACAGACAACUGCCUGGGGCCAGCAGGGCCCAUCCGCUUCAGGCCUGAGCCAGCCAGGGCUGGCCAUGUGGAUACUCC